CAAGGACGCUAGUUAUGACAAGUAUGUCUUCUGAGAAGCAAAAUACAGUAAUUCAGGUUGUGAAGAAACUUGGAGACUUUUUGUUCUCAAAUGAAGUGUGUGAAACAACAAGUCAUGUAGUUACUGGGAGUCCUCGUCGUACCUUGAAUGUUAUGCUGGGAAUUGCUCGUGGGUGUUGGAUUGUUUCUUAUGAAUGGGUUCUGUGGUCUUUGGAAUUAGGCCAUUGGAUCUCAGAGGAACCAUAUGAGCUUUCAUCCAGCUUCCCUGCAGCUCCUAUCUGCAGGCUUCAGCGUCAUCUCUCAACAGGAAAAUAUGAGCAGAAUCUCUUUUCAAACCAGCCUGUUAUGUUUGUAUCUCCUACCAGUCAGCCCCCCUGCAAAAAGCUGAUUGAACUUAUACAGCUGGCAGGAGGGAAAAUAUGUAAAGCCUUGCGUCAGGCAAAAAUCUGUAUAGGAAGAAAACCAGGAAAGAAGUACCAGGAAAUAAUAUCUUUAUCAGAAAAAUGGAUAUUAGAUUCAAUCACUCAGUAUACAAUAUGUCCUAUGGAAAACUACAUUUUUCAGAUGUGAGCGAACUCAAGAGUUUCCAUAUGGUUGUAAGGAGGCACGCCUAACUUGGAUUCAACAAAAAAAUAAGCUGUGAAGCAAAUUCCAAAGAGAAUGCAAGUCACAGACUUAUAAAUAUGGAGAAACAAUUUCUAUAUUUUUAAUAUUUGUGCAAGUGUUCAUCUUGUGAAAUUUUUAGGUUUUGAAAUAAGGUAUUUCCCUAAUAAAAGUCAUCUUCCUUUUAUUUUUUUGUUGGAGACCUUUGGAACUAAAAGCUGAAGGAAUCACUAUUCUCUGGGAAGGAGUGGAAUUUUCUAGUCUUUAAGCAAGGUUAGUCAUAUUGCAGUGCAGAUAAAAGAUGUGCACUCAGCAUGGGUGAGUGUGGCUGAGCUGGGCCUGGUGCAGUCAGCAGGAGCUGGGAUCCCAGCCAGAUACAGGAAUCCUGCUGGCUUUUCUAGUCCCAGGGCCUCUGCACACACCCGAAGGGCCACGUUGCCACAUCUCCAUGAUCAUUGCUAGAUACAUUUCUUUGGUAAAAGGAUAAGGUUGCCCAUGGUGCUCAACUCACACCUGCUGGUGUAAACUUGCACUUCUAAACUGAGUUUUCAAAAGGAAGUGAAACUCAGUAAUUAUGCUCAGAUGUGUAGUUAAGGUAUUGCUUUACUUCAAUGCCUUUAAUUGAAUCUCAAAAUGUGUUUACCUUACACCUAGGCUGAAAUCACAGCUACUGACUGAGUUAAAUGCAUUUAGACAGCACAUCUUUCAAAUGCUAAAAUCUGUUGAAAAGGGAACAUGCUAUGAAAUCCUUUAGGUAUGUUUGCAAAAUGCAUGCAAAUGUCUUACAUAUUAAAUUCCUCUUUAAUCUGUAGAUUUGUUUUUAGCAGGUUUGUAUGUAAAGUAUGUUGCAUAGCACCUGUCGAUCUGUAAAUGUACAAGCUCCUUUAAAAGAUUUCCAAGUACCAAAUAAGUACCAUACAUCAAAAUGAUGUAGCAUGACAGAGAGUAAUGUUGUUAAGUAAUGUAAAGGCAGCUCAUAACUCACACCUUCCAAACUCAGUGUUCCCAUCAGUUUCCUCAACAUAAGACACUGCAAACUCUGUACAAAAAAAUAUAAUUUUGAGUUAAUAUUAUGAAAAAUCAAAAUAUAAUUGAUUUUUAUGUUAUUUUGCCAUUCUAUUGCAUUGUUCUAAUUCUUGGGCUUUUGAAGAGAUUUGAAUAUAAAAGUUCUGUAAACAAGGAUUAUACAAUCUUUUUCUUCAAAACAAGUUCAGCAGUAUCUGUGGGUGACAGGCUGUUUCAGGUAAAAAUUGCAUUUGUAUAGUUGCUCUGUAAAAUGUUAAAUAUGCUUAUAAUGGAAAAUCUUCACAUUAUGAUUCUUCUAUGGAAAAUUAAACUGAUUUUAUUUUCUGAAAUGCUAAGCACCUGUAACUCAAAAGGUUAAGACCUCAUUUUCAAGUGUUACAUAGCUGGAUUUGGUAUGUAAAAUAUAAAAUCUAAUUUGCUGAGGCCUUUUCCUUGCUCAGUUUUCUGAAAUGCAAAUUUUUAACAGUGAAAAGUAUGUUUGAUAUAAAAACUGUUAUGUUUGAUAUGAAAUUUGGUAAUCGUGUCUGUCUGCAAAUUGUACAGUUUAUCAUCAAAACUAUUUACCUGUUCUGUUCAGAGCACUGGUAACAUAUUAUCACCUUGACCUUAUGAGCCCCCUUAUUAGGAAAGCAGUUACCAAGUAUUAUAUAGUAAAAUAAAAAUUCUUAUAUAGGUUGUGGCAUGUGAACACAUGGUUGCCAGUAAAUAACAGAAUCAUUUGUUUGAACUAUACUGUUUAACUUUGACUUUAACAACCUCCUGGUUUUAUUUUUUAGUAAUUUCCUAACUGUACUACCCAUAAAAAUCUGUCACUAUUAAUUUAUAGAAUAUAGCACUCCAAAUCAGCUUUCUCAUAAAUCUUCUUAAGAUUAGUCUCAGCUAUUUAAGUUGUAAAUUCUUGGAUCAUCUUGUUGGUCUUUAUUAGUCACACAUGUAAAGACUUGACAGUGAAAAGUCUAAUAUCUUUUUUUCUAAACUAAAAAGUUUCCAACAAAACAAUCUGCCAAUUUAGAUAAUUCCACCUUAAAUUCUAUGGUUGAUAGAAAUCCCUGUCUACUGGCUCUUUUUGCAGAAUUUCUAUUAGACAGGCAGAUAGAGCCAGCAGGAAAUUGAAUUCCAAAUUCUGGUCUCACAUUCUGGACAAUAGGACUGCUGUCCACCCUGACUGACUGCUUUCUGAGAGUACCCCCAGCACCAAGAAGCAUCAGUGAUUCAUGAGUAGCUUUGAGUUCUGAGAUCUUUCCAACCUGCAGAGGUCAGUGAACAUUCCGCAGCACAGCCAUGGGCUCUCUCCUCUGCAGACAGGUACAGGAUCUCCUUAUUGGGAAGAUCUACUUAACUUUUAUUCAUUUCCUUUAUUGCUUGUUUUUUCUUUUCUUUUUUUUUUUUUUUCUUUUUUUUUUUUCAGGAGAAGUUGUCUUAACCUUACCUUUUUCAUCCUGCAAGAAUACUUUGCCAUUCAUUUGUGAAAAUGACUCAGCAUUGUACCUGUGUCUCCUCAGAGAGCUUCUGCUGCCCUUCUAAAGGCUCUCUAGCUCAAUCCCAUUAGUACAAUUACAAGUCUUUCUAAGAUAGCUGAACUUAAUUUGUAACAUGUUUAAACCAAAAUAUAUUGGAAAGUCAAAAUAAGAAUUAUUUCUCUGCGAGAUUUGUAAAUGUAGUUAAUUUGUAAAUGUAGUUAAACUCCUGACACAUUUUAACUCAUUUUACUUUCAUUGGUGCUAUAGGGGGUACCAAUUGGGUGCACAGACCACCAAUAUCCCUCCCAUCUUUCCUCUUCCAGAGAUAAGAAGAGCUUUUACCACACUUUGCAUAAUGGAGUGGGGACUCACAUUGGCAAAUACACAAACACUGAGGACAAACACAGGCAUGGCCUGGAAGAAUGUGUUGCUUAAGCUGUGUCAGAACAGCAGCAAAGUUGGUGUCCUCUUCAAACCAUAUAUCCAUAAAAAAUAGCUUAGGAUCUAAAAAACUUUCUUAGUUUCAGUGACUAAUAAUGUGAGAUUGGCUAAGGAUGUGUUUGAAGGAAGAAUGCCAGUGAGGUAGGUGGAUCUUAAGUAUUUUCCCCUUUCUCUGUUUUUGUAAUCAGUUUUAGAUUGUAACUGCAUUUGUGGUAAGUAUAGCAAUACAGUAAAAAAUCUCUAAAUAUUCACAGUGAUCCCAGUAUAUGAACCAUCUGGUAUUGACUUACUAAACUACAGAUUUUUUGAGCUUGUUUUAUGUUUCUGGAUAUCUUCUUGACUCAACUA